CACUAGUGAGAAAACUGAGAGCAUGAGAGUCGCGCGCAGUCACAGCUGUUUUUUAAUAACACUUUGAGAUUAAACGCUGCAGUGCACGUGAGGAGAACAUGGAGAAGGACAACCUUUCAGCAGUGUUGCACGCUAAAGGCGAUUUGAGGCUGGAACAACGUCCCAUCCCAGAACCUGGAGCUAAUGAGGUUUUACUUCAGAUGCACUCAGUGGGAAUCUGCGGCUCAGACGUACACUACUGGGAAAAUGGACGGAUUGGGGAUUUUGUUCUUCAGAAGCCGAUGGUCCUGGGCCACGAGGCAUCAGGGCGAGUGGUCAAAGUAGGAUCUGCAGUCACUCAUCUUAAACCAGGUGACAGGGUGGCUAUUGAACCUGGAGUUCCCCGAGAAACAGACGAGUUUUUUAAAACUGGACGUUACAACAUAUCACCCACAGUGUUCUUCUGUGCCACACCACCUGAUGACGGGAACCUCUGCAGAUACUACAAACAUAAUGCUAACUUCUGCUACAAGCUUCCUGAUAAUGUGAGUUAUGAGGAAGGAGCAUUGAUUGAGCCACUCUCAGUGGGGAUUCACGCUUGCAGAAGAGGCGGAGUUACUCUGGGAAGCUUUGUGUUCAUCUGUGGUGCAGGACCGAUCGGUCUGGUCUCUCUGUUGGUAGCCAAAUCCAUGGGAGCCUCUCAAGUGCUUAUAAGUGACCUUUCUACUGAUAGGUUGGCGAAGGCUAAAGAGUUAGGAGCUGACUUUGUUCUUCCUAUUAAGAGAGGGGAUACACCACAGGAACUGGCUAAACGUGUGGAUGGCAUGCUGGGGGGCACGCCUCAUAUAACCAUAGAGUGUACCGGUGUCGAGAGCAGCAUCCAAACAGCAAUCUAUGCCACUCGCUCCGGAGGUGUAGUUGUUUUGGUUGGACUUGGCGCUGAAAUGACCGCAGUGCCUCUUGUUAGAGUUGCUACCAGAGAACUGGACAUCAGAGGCGUGUUCCGCUACUGCAACACGUGGCCUGUGGCUAUUUCUAUGCUGGCCUCUAAGCGGGUGAAUGUAAUGCCUCUGGUCACACACCGCUUUCCACUGGAGCAAGCUGUGCAGGCGUUUGAGACGACUAAACAGGGCAUUGGGAUCAAAGUCAUGCUAAAGUGUGACAAAAAUGACCAGGCCCCGUGAAAAAAGGAGCAUCACACAUUAAUAAAGCAAAUUAAUCUAGUCUAAUAAUUCAUAUAUUUUAGAAUUAUUACUGCCCAACCAAUUGUCUUUCCUGUAAUGUCCACUGAUGUCCACCUGGUUCAAAUUACAUAAAAGUGUUACAUUAAAUCUUUACAGCCUCCAACAGACAAACUGCAACAGUUAACACAGUGUAAAUUAAUUUAUCUUGUUUGCACUUAACAUAAUAAACAUAAGAAUGCACAUAAGGGAAUGAAUGAAAUACCAAACUUACUGUAUACACACAGCUGUUUUAUGUUGUGGUUGUAACCACCAGGGGGUAACCGAACUCUACUAAUGGAGUAAAGAUUUAUCACAACCA